GGUCAUCAGACAUUGGAUCGUCUGGCUGGACAGCGGGCAUCGGGUCACCAGGCAUCAGCAGGCACCGGGUCAUCUGGCGCUGGAUCGUCUGGCUCGACAGCGGGCAUCGGAUCACCAGGCAUGACCGCGGGCACUGGGGUCAUCAGGCAUUGGAUUGUCUGGCUCGACAGCGGGGCAUCGGGCACCAGGUAUGACAGCGGGCACUGGGUCACCAGGCAUCAGGUCAUUUGGCUCGCCAGCAGGCACCGCGUCACCUGGCAAGGCAGUAGGCACCGAGUCACCAGGCACGACAGCGGGCUCUGAGUCAAUUGGCACGACAACGGGCACCGGGUCAUCAGGUACCGGAUGGUCUGGCUCAACAGCA